GUUGUAAUAUGUACUAAGUAUAUACAUUUGUCAAAACAUUUUAAAACAGAAAUUUGCUUACUGUAUAGAAACAAACUUCAUAAUAAUGGCCCAGAAACAAUUUGGCAAAGGGGAGGUGAUCAGUCAAGUAAGGCAACAGAUUGCAGUGGCAAAUGCCCAGGAGAUGCUCUCGAAGAUGACAGAGAAGUGCUUCAAAAAGUGCAUCUAUAAGCCGGGAAAGGCAUUGGAUGGCACAGAGCAACGUUGUAUUACCCAGUGUAUGGAUCGUUUUUUGGACACAUGGAAUCUCGUCUCUCGCACCUAUGGCAAUCGCUUGGAACGUGAGCAUUUGAACGCAAUGCGCAGUGAGAAUGCGUUAAACUGACAAAAAAAAAGCACACGCUUACACACGCAACCAAAAAUUUACCUGUAAUAAAGGAGAUUCUAUGCUCUGUGACUUUUAACGUAA